GGGAAUCCAACUGUUUCCGGCGUCUGGUUCGUGCUGUUGUUGUUGUGAAAGAUUCAUCUAACAGCAGAUAUCUGGAGUCAUGAAGCAGCUCCCACCAGAAACUGCACGACUCCUGUCCAGCUCCCAGGUCAUCACUUCUGUGGUGAAUGUUGUGAAAGAACUUAUUGAGAAUUCCCUGGAUGCUGGAGCUUCAAGCAUUGACGUGAAACUGGAUAACUAUGGUUUGGAUCGUAUAGAAGUACGCGACAAUGGCCAUGGAAUCAAAGCUGGAGAUACUCCUGUGAUGGCUGUAAGACAUUUCACCUCAAAGAUCUGUAGCCAUGAAGAUUUAGAGCAGCUGGAAACAUAUGGCUUCAGGGGGGAGGCACUGGGCUCCGUCUGCGCUGUGGCUGAGGUGGCUGUUACCACGAAGACGGAGGAAGAUGACAUCAGCACCCAGUACAUGCUGGACCUCACAGGGAAAAUAGUUUCACAGAAGCCGUCUCACCUAGGUCAAGGUACAUCAGUGAGUGUGAUGAAGCUUUUCAAGAACCUUCCAGUGAGAAGACAGUACUACUCCUCCACAAAGAAGUGCAAGGAUGAACUGAAGAAAAUGCAGGACCUGCUGAUGGCUUACGCCAUUUUAAAACCUGAGCUGAGGCUAAUGCUAGUUCACAAUAAGGUGGUGCUUUGGCAGAAGGCCAGGGCUGCUGAUACCAGAAGUGUGCUCCUCGCCACCCUGGGCUCCACUACUGUUGCUAACCUGCUCCCAUGUCACCAGCGCCAGGAGCAGCUGGAGAUUACUUUAGAUGGCUUUUUUCCAAAGCCUGGAGCUGACCUCUGCUCUACAAGCUCAUCUACCCCUGACAAAACAUUUAUAUUUGUCAAUAACCGGCCAGUCCAUCAAAAGGAGAUAAUGAAGCUGUUGCGCCAACACUUCUCUGCUCAGUACUCGGACGACGCAGCCAGAAAUCGAUAUCCCACCCUUGUGCUGAAAAUCACAGUCCACAGUCCCAGUUCUGUGGAUGUAAAUCUAACGCCGGACAAGACACAGGUUCUUCUUCAUGACAAGGAGGCUGUGUUGACUGCAGUAGAGGCAUUGCUGGUUUCUCUGUACGGGUUUCGGCCUACCGCUGACCUCCCAGCUGAGAAGCCGCCGAGCCAUGACACAAUUCCAUCACCAUCUGGUCCUUUGCAGACCGAUGUUUUACCUGUGGAAAAAGAGGGAAACAAAGACAGGCAUACCAGUCUCACCAGCUUUAAUGGCAUUUCACCUGCUGACAAAACUCUAUCAGCUGCAAGCACUGAUGCUUUACUUGAUCGUCAGCCCUCGAACUGUAGCUCUUCAUCGUCUAUAGCAGAUGACUGGAUAGUCAACCAGAUCCCAGUUGAGCUCCACUCGAACUUUUCCCUGUAUGAUGAUGAAAUGGAUAAAAGGUGCACUCAUGAUACAGAAACCGGUACAGGGAGCAAAUCUCCGGAGAAUCUUGCAGACAAUGAAGUAUCAGCUUCAGAAGCCAGUAAAGAUCAGAUAUCAGCUGAGGACUGGAGUCGGGGGACAGUUCUGACCGACCCUACAACAGGAGAACCUCUGCAGCCCAUCAUAAUUCACCAGCCCACGAAGCACAGUCAUUCUGAUUCUGACGAGGCAAAAAGUCAGAGCGGCUCAGGCAAAAAGAUGUUCAACGCAAUAACGGAGAAACGAGCUGCCCUGACAGCCUACGACAUGAUCUGCAAUCGUGCCAUGAGGGCUCCGCUGACUCCUGCUGCCCUGUUUGAGAAAGAGGCCAGAGCUGAGGUCCUUAGGGAGAGCCCCAAUGCCAGCCUGCAGGAUAUCAGCAUCUCUGUUAACGAGAGGUGGAAAAAUCUGGGGGAGGAAGAGCGUAAGAAGUACGAGGAAAAAGCAAAAAAACACCUGGAACACCAUGGCGAGAGGACCAAGUUGGCCUCAGCAGAAGGCCCUGGGGAACCCGCUGGGAGCACCCUGAGGGGGCAAAUACAGGGUCAGAAACGCAAGGCCCCGGCGUCCAACCAGCAGCUGCUUGAUGAGCUCUUCACUGCACAGCCCCAAAAGAAGUUAAGAAACCCUGCGAGUAAGCCCUCGCAGCCCCUCCCGUGCAGUAUAGCCGCUCUUCGCCUUCAGCUUCAGCGCCUCUCAUCCCAGAGCAGCGCAGCGCCGCAGGGCCUCCGUCUUGUAAACCGGCUGGCCUCUCAGAGCGCCUGGGUCAUUUUAUGUGGUCAGAGGCUCAUGUUGUUAAACCCAUUUCGAGUGGAGGAGACCUUGCUGUUUAAGAGACUUCUAGAGAAUAAUAUACUUCCAGCAGUGAGUCUGGAGAACCCUGUACAGUUAACAGAUGGAAGUCUUGGGGGAGCUGAAUAUACGAAGGCUUUGUGCAACAUGGAGAAGCAAAACCCUGACCUGCAUGGAGGGACCUUCUUUUCUGAUUCCAGACUUGUGGCUAAUGGGUUUAGAAUCAAACUCACUCCAGGCCUCAUGUCAGCCGAGAGACAUCUGGAAGUGACAGCGAUGGCAAACUGUGUGCCUUUUCUCGGUGUGGAGGACCUCAGAGAGAUCCUGACAGCAGUUCUUCACAGGAAGGCCUCGACUGUUAAAGACUGCCGGCCGCUUAAAGUUACAAACUACUUACAAGGAGAGGCAGUUCGACUGGCCCGUCAGCUGCCUGCAAAUUUAUCUCGGGAAGACGUGGAGGAAACUCUCCGGCGGAUGAAGCAGCAGCUGGGUGAGACCAACCGGACCUGCAUCCACGGACGACCGUUUCUCCAACACCUAACGGAUGUUCCCUCCACAGACAAGGAAGCAACAUCUCUGUUCAGGUCUUUAGAUUUGUAACGAAUGAAAAAACUUUCUAUCAACAGUAUAUUCAGCUCUUUUAGCGUCUAUCAUCAUUUAAGAUUCCCAAUAUGUUAACUUGAUUGUUGUCUUGGAUGAUAUUUAACUGUGUUGCAACCAUGACAUUAAAGAGGUAUUUUGUUCAUAUUUUUGUAAAGAUAAUACAAAUAUAAAACAGAAAAGAAAACGGUGUCAUCAUUCCUGUGUGAUUACAGAGAUUUGGGGAUUUCAAAAGAGCAU